UUCCUGAAGGAGGGGAGGGGUACUGAGGGGAGAUAAAAAGACAGAACAGGUUCGCGAUGGUUUGGCCGCUUUCGUGUUCACCCCCACGCCUUUCUCAGUCUCACAAUCUAUUUUCCCCUCUCAGUCGACCUACUUACUCACCCCACCGCUCUUUGCCUUGGCUGAAUCCCCAUAUUCUUGCCACCUGUUUUCAAAACUUUUGAUUUACCAGAUUCCUAUCUCGUAACAGUCUUUAUACCCCGGACAUGCAGCCCCCUCUGCCCUCCAUCACGCCGACCUGGCGCAACGACACGUACGAUGCCAUCUCGCCCUCGCGCCUAGAGUUGAGCGCGGCGGGGAAGACUGUCAUCGUAGUAGGCGCGGGUAGUGGUAUCGGCCGAGAGACUGCCCUGGCCUUCGCCUCCGCCGGAGCAGCCCGAGUCAUUGUCCUGGGACGCACCAAGGCCACCAUAGCCGAGACAGCCGAGUCCCUGCCGCCGUCCGUCCAGAACGAAGUCCACGCCUUGGACAUCACGGAUGAAGAGGCCCUGGCCAAGGUGGCGGCUGCGGUCGGCCAGUGGGACGUCCUCGUCCUGACCGCGGGCUACGUAUCCAACCCGACGCCCGUCGCGGGAUCGGCCAGCGACGAGUGGUGGCAGAGCUUCGAGACAAACACCAAGGGGACAUACCUCGUCACCAAGGCGUUCCUCCCGACGGCCAACCCCUCCCACGCCUCUGUCGUCGCCCUCACCACCGGCACGACGGCGCUGCCGGCCGUCGCGCUGCCCGGCCUGUCCGCGUAUAUGGCGUCCAAGCUGGCGCAGACCAAGAUCAUCGAGUUCCUCGCGGCGGAAAACCCGAACAUCUUUGCCGCCACCCUCCACCCGGGCAUGGUCGAGACGGACAUCUUCAAGAAGAGCGGCGCAAAGGCCGAGGCCCUUCCAAUGGACAAAGUGCAACUCCCAGCCCACUUCACCGUCUGGCUGGCCAGUCCCGAGGCGGCGUUCCUGAACGGCCGUACUGUUUGGGCCAACUGGGACGUAGAAGAACUCAAGAACAGUGCCGGGACCAUCCAAUCCGGUCAGCUGCUCACGAGCGGGAUCAACGGUUGGCCCUACACUAGCCUCGCAUGAGAGUCGAUGGUACCGUGCUGGUGGACAAGGAGUCAUCGCCGCAUUGUAGCUCAGGACGACGAAGAAAUUAAUAAAACAAGAUUUUGACAUGAAGAAU